AUGAAUAGUAGUGUGGCUCUAGUCUACCGUAUACUACGUCUCCAGAUCAAAAUACCUCUCCAUCCACACGAGUUCUCCUACGAGAUGGCUCGGCCUGAUGAAAUCAGCAGCGACGAUCACGCCUACGAGUCAGAUGCAUCUGAUGAUCCAAGCAUGGAUAACUACUACCAGGAAGUCAGAAUGGUCGAGUACCUGAGGUUACAUCCAUACAUUGGUCUAAGUGGAGUUCCAGCAGUGAGUUCAGUUGAGUAUCUGGCUGAUUCAGGGCGUAUUGAAAAGAGAACAUCGACUGCUAGGAAGUUGGAGAGUGUCUUCAUCAUCAAGAGACCUGGAUACAACUACGAUGGAACAUUCUACAGGAGCAGUUUUAGGCGAAAUGAGGUAGAAAUGAAGUCAGGCAGAAAAGCAAGGCAGAAUUUGGUUCCAGAAGCAAGCAACUUUUUUACGGUCUCCCAGUUCAACUUCUACUUGCUGAAAUUAUUGAAUCUACUGAAAUAUAGGGGACGAAUAUCGUACACGUACACUGAAUUCGAGUAUAUUCCACUCUCAAUACAGGUGUUCUUCCAUGCUCCGCUCAUCAUCACGGCCAUUGUGGUCUUCCUGGUUGUGCUGACAUUUGAUUCAGAAUUGAGUAUUGAUGCAAUAAAGGACGAAAUAGAAAAGUUGCCAGAAAGGAAGUUUGAUGGGACUGGAGAGAACAGGGAGUGUACGAUAUGUUUGGAGCAGUAUGAGAACGGAGAUUCAGUACGAGAGUUGCCUUGUAAGCACCUUUUUCACACUGGAUGCAUUGACAGCUGGUUGAUGACGUCAUUACGGUGUCCAAUAUGUAGGCAUUCUGUGAGUAAGCUGACCGAAACACAUGGAUUUGAGGUGUAUAGGAAUAUAAACUAUGUAUAG